AUGGUCCUUCAGGAUCUCGGGCGGCGGAUCAACGCCGCCGUCAAUGAUUUGACCAGGUCCAACAAUCUUGAUGAGAAGGCUUUCGAUGACAUGCUCAAGGAGAUCUGCUCGGCUCUUCUCUCAGCCGAUGUUAACGUUCGCCUGGUCAAAAACCUCCGGAAAUCGAUCAAGUCCAGCGUGGACUUCUCGUCGUUGCCCUCCGCAGUUAAUAAGAAACGCCUGAUCCAGAAAGCCGUCUUCGAUGAGCUGGUCGCCCUGGUUGAUCCGCACGCGGAGCCGUUCCGCCCCAAGAAGGGUCGGUCCAACGUGAUCAUGUUCGUGGGUUUGCAGGGUGCGGGCAAGACCACUACCUGUACUAAAUUGGCCCGUCACUACCAAAUGCGAGGAUUCAAGACCGCCCUGGUCUGCGCCGACACCUUCCGAGCGGGUGCUUUUGAUCAGCUGAAGCAGAAUGCCACCAAGGCCAAGAUCCCCUACUACGGAAGUCUCACCCAGACCGACCCCGCCGUGGUGGCGGCCGAGGGUGUCACCAAAUUCAAGAAGGAGCGCUUCGAGGUUAUCAUCGUCGAUACCAGUGGUCGUCACAAGCAGGAAGAGGAAUUGUUCACCGAAAUGACCCAGAUUCAGACCGCCGUGACCCCGGACCAGACCAUCCUGGUUCUCGACAGCACGAUCGGUCAAGCCGCCGAGGCCCAGUCGGCCGCCUUCAAGGCGACCGCGGAUUUUGGAGCCAUCAUCAUCACCAAGACGGAUGGUCACGCUGCCGGAGGUGGUGCCAUCUCCGCCGUCGCCGCCACGAACACGCCCAUCAUCUACCUCGGUACAGGUGAACACUUGAUGGAUUUGGAACGGUUCGAGCCUAAGGCUUUCAUUCAGAAGCUCCUGGGCAUGGGUGACAUGGCCGGACUGGUUGAGCACGUGCAGGCCGUCACCAAGGACUCGGCCUCCGCUAAGGAGACUUACAAGCACAUCUCCGAGGGUAUCUACACGCUUCGCGAUUUCCGCGAGAACAUCACGUCUAUCAUGAAGAUGGGUCCCCUGUCCAAGCUCUCCGGCAUGAUUCCCGGCUUGUCCAACCUCACCGCGGGCCUGGAUGACGAAGACGGUUCGCUCAAACUCCGACGUAUGAUCUACAUCUUUGACAGCAUGACCACGAAGGAACUGGACGGCGACGGCAAGGUCUUUGUGGAAAAGCCUAGCCGCAUGGUGCGUAUCGCCUGCGGUAGCGGCACCUCUGUGCGCGAAGUCGAGGACCUCCUCUCGCAGCACCGCAUGAUGGCCGGGAUGGCGAAGCGCGUCGGCGGUCAAAAGAAGCAGAUGCAGCGUGCCCAGAACAUGCUCAAAGGCGGCAACAAGGAGCAACAGCUGGCUGCCAUGCAGAAACGUAUGGCCGCCAUGGGCGGAGCCGGCGGCGCCGGCGGUGGCGGCUUUCCCGGGAUGCCGGGCAUGGGCGAUAUGGCCAAGAUGAUGCAGAUGCUUCAGGGACAAGGUGGCGGAGGCGGUGGUGGAAUGCCUGGUAUGGGCGGCAUGGAUCUUCAAGGAAUGAUGAGCCAAAUGAGCGGACUGAUGGGAGGCAUGGGAGGCGGUGGUGGAGGUCGCGGCAGAGGUCGAUGA